AUGUCAUCGCAGCGACCUGGAGCGUUCAAUAGUUUACGGAUGGGAGAAGUCAUCCGUGAGCGCGUUCAAGAUGGAGUAACUGGCGAAACCAGAGAGCUUCAGUAUACCCAGUGUAAGAUUGUCGGCAAUGGUUCUUUCGGCGUCGUCUUCCAGACGAAGCUCUCGCCUUCCGGCGAGGAUGCCGCCAUCAAGCGUGUUCUGCAAGAUAAACGUUUCAAGGUAUGCCUCUCUGCCCGCUCAAUCUUCCUUUUACGGAGGAGAAAAAGACGGCAAUACCCUAAUAAGCCUCGACAGAACCGCGAACUCCAGAUUAUGCGUAUUGUCCGUCAUCCCAACAUUGUCCAGCUCAAGGCCUUUUACUACUCAAACGGCGAACGAAAGGAUGAGGUCUACCUCAACUUGGUCCAGGAAUUCGUUCCCGAGACUGUCUACCGAGCAUCGCGAUUCUUCAACAAGAUGAAGACGACCAUGCCCAUUCUGGAGGUCAAGCUCUACAUUUACCAGCUUUUCCGCGCCCUCGCCUACAUCCAUUCGCAAGGCAUUUGCCAUCGUGACAUCAAGCCUCAAAACCUCCUUCUCGAUCCCACCAGCGGCAUCCUCAAGCUUUGCGAUUUUGGCAGUGCAAAGAUUCUCGUCGAGAAUGAGCCUAAUGUCUCGUACAUUUGCUCGAGAUAUUACCGCGCCCCUGAGCUCAUCUUCGGCGCCACAAACUACACCACCAAGAUUGAUGUCUGGUCGACAGGUUGUGUCAUGGCUGAGUUGAUGCUUGGUCAACCCCUUUUCCCUGGCGAAUCUGGUAUUGAUCAAUUGGUCGAAAUCAUCAAAGUCCUGGGCACGCCUACUAGAGAACAGAUACGCACCAUGAACCCCAACUAUAUGGAACACAAGUUCCCCCAGAUUAAGCCUCACCCUUUCAACAAGGUUUUCCGCAAGGCUGAUGCGAACGCCAUUGAUCUCAUCACCAAGUUGCUCGAAUACACACCUACCGAGAGAGAGGCUGCCGUCAAUGCCAUGGUCCACCCGUUCUUUGAUGAGCUGCGCGAUCCCGAGACGAAGCUGCCUGACUCCAGACACGGCACGGGUCAGCUCCGCGAUCUUCCCGAGCUCUUCAAUUUUACUCGUCACGUCCCCCCCCACCAGCGUUCUGUUCUCGCUGCACGAGGUCUCGAUAUCGAUAACUUUACCCCGAUGCCGAAGCAGGAGAUGAUGGCUAAACUUGAUUGA